GCCCAAAAGCAAGCCCCGGAGAACUUCAAAAACCUCCAGGAAAGCUCUGAGGUUAGGGAGACCAGCGCAGCCAAAGAAGACAUGAGGAGCCUGCUGGCACUGCUGCUCGUGACUCUGGCCCUGGCAGCACUCUGCUGCUGUGAGAAAGAUCCCAAAAGACCCUCAGGAUCUCUCAGUGCUGACAGCAUCAAGAUUACAAAAGAGGUUGCCAAUGCCUUUGUGAAGAGGAGGAAGAGAUCCAGCCCUUAUGAAUGGUACUUUGAGUUCUAUAAAAGCCCUCUGGAGCAGCAGCACGAGCGCUGUGAGAACUACCCCCCCUGUGACUACCUGGCUGACCAAGUAGGGUUUGCCUUGGCCUACAGCCGCUUCUUUGGGAGGUACUGAGGAUGGGAGCACUCCAAACCCCACAGCAGAAAGGUUGUGGUUGGGAAGGAGGGAAGGAAAACAUCUGGACUGGCAUCUCCUUCUGUUGUCUCCCAUACCAGCUGGAUCACCAAGGCAGGGAUUAUCCCACUUGUUGAGCUUCCAAUAACUUUCUUCCUUUCAUCAAUAAAAUCUCUCUUCAGACAUCUUUUGUGGUAUUUGGAGCUUCACCAGAAACUUACUUCCUUCCACCUGAGUCCCCAGCACACAAUAGGUGAAAAAUGGUGAUUAGUUUCAAGAAAACCACUGCAUGCCUUAGAAACAUCACUAGAUCUCUUAUCCUCUUCUGCAAAACACAGGAGGAUUAUGGAAGAGGAAUGUCACAAUGUGUGUAAAUGUGGUGGAUCUGACCCUGGGAUGCUCACUGCGAAGAAGGAAGAACACCUGUCUCCUGCUCCAAUUAGUAGGAAAGUUCAGUAUUUUCAUGUAUAAUCACAUCAAAUAUGCAUCACAGUAGGAUCAUUUUGUAAAGAUAGAAGUGUGCAAAUACUCUUGCAUAGAUAGCAGUCAGCUUCUGGUACAUUCUUCUGAUUACUCUGUCAUAAAUUUUGCCUGUAUAGCAACAAUAAAUAAAUCCCAAGAAGUGUGUUUAAGAAGUA